UCAUCACUCGGCCUGAGGCGGUCCGCAAGUGGUGUCGGCAGCGGAGCAGGAACACAUCGUCAUGAGGGAGAUUGUCCACCUUCAGGCCGGGCAGUGCGGCAACCAGAUAGGAUCCAAGUUCUGGGAGAUCAUAUCCGACGAGCACGGCAUCGACCCGACCGGCGCCUACCAUGGCGACUCGGAGCUCCAGCUGGAGCGCAUCAACGUCUACUACAACGAGGCCAGCGGCGGCAACUACGUGCCGCGCUGCAUCCUGGUCGACCUCGAGCCCGGCACCAUGGACUCGGUGAGGUCAGGACCGUUCGGGAAGCUCUUCAAGCCCGACAACUUCGUCUUCGGCCAGUCCGGCGCCGGCAACAACUGGGCCAAAGGCCACUACACAGAGGGCGCCGAGCUGGUCGACAGCGUCCUCGACGUGGUCCGCAAGGAGGCCGAGGGCUGCGACUGCCUGCAGGGCUUCCAGCUGACGCACUCCCUUGGAGGCGGCACCGGCUCCGGCAUGGGCACCCUGCUCAUCUCCAAGAUCCGCGAAGAGUACCCAGACAGGAUCAUGAACACAUACUCGGUCGUGCCAUCGCCGAAGGUGUCUGAUACCGUCGUGGAGCCGUACAAUGCCACCCUCUCCGUUCACCAGCUGGUCGAAAACACCGACGAAACGUUCUGCAUCGACAACGAAGCGCUCUACGACAUCUGCUUCCGCACGCUGAAGCUCGCGAACCCGACCUACGGUGACUUGAACCAUCUCGUCUCACUGUGCAUGUCCGGCGUCACCACCUGCCUCCGGUUCCCUGGUCAGCUGAACGCCGACCUCAGGAAGCUGGCCGUGAACAUGGUGCCCUUCCCGCGUCUGCACUUCUUCAUGCCGGGCUUCGCGCCGCUCACCUCUCGCGGCAGCCAGCAGUACAGGGCGCUGACCGUGCCCGAACUCACCCAGCAGAUGUUCGACGCCAAGAACAUGAUGGCCGCCUGCGACCCGCGCCACGGCCGCUACCUCACCGUCGCAGCCAUCUUCCGUGGACGCAUGUCCAUGAAAGAGGUGGACGAGCAGAUGACACAAAUGCAAGAUAAGAACACAAGCUACUUUGUCGAGUGGAUCCCGAACAAUGUCAAGGUUGCUGUGUGUGACAUCCCACCCCGUGGUCUCAAGAUGUCCGCCACCUUCAUCGGCAACAGCACCGCCAUCCAGGACCUCUUCAAGCGUAUCUCUGAGCAGUUCACCGCCAUGUUCCGGCGCAAGGCUUUCCUGCACUGGUACACCGGCGAGGGCAUGGACGAGAUGGAGUUCACCGAGGCCGAGAGCAACAUGAACGACCUGGUGUCCGAGUAUCAGCAGUAUCAGGAGGCCACUGCAGACGAUGAGGGAGACUUUGAUGAAGAGGAAGAUGAGGGUGAUGUCGAACAGGCCUGAAAACCUUGGAGGCAGCGCUGAGCUUCAUACUCAUAGCAACGUAAUCGUGGAUAUUUAUGACGAUUUCCCUAAGUUGACGUUCGAUGAAUGUUUGUUCUCAAGAAACUAAAAACGCGCAUUCCGUUUUACCACAGAAGUUCAGGGUUUAUUCUUGUCUGUUAUGAGUAUUAUUUUACGUUGCACGCGAUGCUGUGGUGCUCGGCUUCUUGGAUAAUAAAUAUAACUAUUCUUA